GAGAUUAAUUGUGUUCAAGUAUUUUGGGACAAAUCGUGCUACUAUUAGAUUUGAGGGGGUUAGAUUGAAUUGGCAAGUUUGCAACCCUUGGCGAGUAGAAUAACAGGUUUGGAGGCUUAACAAAGUAGAAGAAAAAAAGAUGAGGCAUUGACAUUGGGAUUGAGCAAAUUAAUUAACAAUACAGCAGCAAUCGAGCAAAGUAGUAUGAAAUUUAUCUUUUGACAAUGGCCGUCACUGAAAAACCCGUCAAGAUUAAAACUCUUCCCAAACUCCAACUUCAUCAAGAGGUCGAGGUGAGGAGUAUUGAAAAUGGAUUCCUGGGUUCAUGGCACUUGGCUACUGUAAUUGCUUCUUAUGAUUUGGUUCGUCAAGUUCAAUACCAUCACCUUCUGUCUGAUGACGGUUCUAUCAACUUGAUUGAAUCCGUCAAGGUUUCUCCCAUGGUUGAUGGAGUUAUUCCUGCUGAAAAUAUAUCAGUUACCUAUCGUGGCAACAUUAGGCCUUCACCACCUCCACUUCAAUUUGGGAGAUGGCUUCUAUCUUAUGGGCAAUGUGUUGAUUUGUUUUAUCAAGAUGCUUGGUGGGAAGGUGUAAUAUUUGACCAUGAAGAUGGUGCCGAGGAGCGGAGAAUUUUCUUUCCAGAUAUGGGUGAUGAAAUGAAGGCUCAAGUCGAUAAUCUACGUAUAACUCAUGAUUGGGAUGAGGUUUCAGAAGAAUGGAAGCCUCGUGGUAGCUGGAUGUUCCUUGAAAUAAUUGAGGAGAUUGAGCAUGUGCACCCCCUUUUGGUCUCACUGAAACAAAUUUGGUAUGAAGUGCGGGAGAAGAAUGGCUACGAAAAUCUCAAGGAGUGGACAUCUACUUCGAGGGAUAUCUGGAGGAACUUGAUAAAGGAAGUUGUGCAUGAAAAUACCAAGUUAACCGUCAAGCAAAUUCUUCAUCAGUUGAACACUUCACCAGACUUUGUAGAGGGAGGCCAAUUGGUAGAAUUUUCAGAACCCACUCUUCAGGCUAUACUCAAGGUUGAAACAUACUUUGAUAACUUAGCCAUUGUACCUUUUGUUGAAGCCAUUUGCAGUUCAGUUAGUGGGGAGAUGCUGUGUAUGAACCGGGAUGUAUCAUGUCUUCAGCCUGUAGAAAAACAACUUGUUUCAGAGGAUUUUGCACCAAUCUCAGAGGAUGUUCCAUUGAAGGACAGUGUUGUGUUUAGCUCAGUUCUGCCAAGCCUAGAAGAACAACCAGCUGUAUCACCUAAUGCUUUGUCAGUUUUACAUCCCCCUAAAAAUGAAAUCUCUGGGACUUUGUCAAUUACUAAGAGUAACGGACUGAAUUUUGACUCUUCCAAUAAGAUACUUUCUAGAAAGAGGAAGCGACUUGAAUCGAGGACCAUCGGCCAUGUAGCUAAGUUUUGUUCUGGUACAGUUUCUGAGUACAAUGAUAAUUAUAUGUCGAACUACAUGCCCCUAAAGUCCUUGCAAAAACUUAAGAAACAUUUAUUUUAUUUAGGAUGGAAAAUUGAGCAAGCAGAGGAUUGCAGCAUCCCUAGGACACGGUACAUUGCUCCUGAUGGGAAGAUAGUACACUCACUUCGUCAAGUUUGGAAGAUGUUGGAAAAGUCAGAAACUUGGGGUGAAGGGAAAAAAACAUCAUAUGAGGGCCUGGCAAAAACACAGAUAUGUAGUGAGGUAUCUGAUGACCUCAAUCUGUCUACUUGCCUGGCAAAAACAGAGACAUGUAGUGAGGUAUCUGAGCUGGCAUAUACUUCUCAAGAACCAAUCAUUGAUCCUGAAAUCUGCCCUCAAGCUGUAAUUGACUAUUGUUCACUGCGAUCACCAGACAAUCCUUCUUAUAACAAGUUGAAUAGUGGGGAAAAGAAGUAUAUAACCAUAAAAGCUAAAAAGCACCUAGCUGCAAUAGGAUGGCUAUUUUAUUAUCAUUGGAAAAGGGACAAGAGAGAACUCCGGUACUUUUCUCCUCAUGGGAAAACAUUCUUCUCUCUUAUAAGGGCAUGUAGAUGGUGUAUGCAACAGUGGGAAGCUGAGGGCCAGUUGCGUGAAUCAUUUUCCCCGUCAACUGUUCUGGAGUUUCAGGGGAAUUUGGCACCUCAGAGGACCUCGUGUAAGAAGAUAUCAAGAACGACAGUUUCUGUCAUGCCACUUUCGAAAGAACCUGCGCAGCUUAAUAAAGUCACAAUUUGUGAAAUCAGCAAAACAAAAAAGAAGAGUAAUCACGGUGACAAAAAAGAGAUUUAUGAAGGUGGAUGGAACAUGCUGAAAAAAGGAAAUGGAUCCAGAUCUUCACGAACAGUAACAGAUGGUAUAGAAUCUCAGUCUUCAGCUCGUCUGUUGCGCUCAAGUAAAAGAGCUCGGCAGGCAACACCUUCUUUUUCCUUGCAUCAUACACCUCGAACAGUUUUAUCUUGGCUGAUUGACAAUAAUGUGGUUCUUCCCCGUGCCAAAGUGCAGUAUCGUGGGAAAAAAGAUUGCCGUCCGAUGGCAGAAGGGCGGAUCACUCGUGCAGGGAUCAAAUGCAAGUGCUGCCAAAAAGUUUAUGGAAUUAGCAACUUUGAGGUGCAUGCUGGAAGCAGCUAUCACAGACCUUCAGCAAGUAUAUUUUUGGAAGAUGGAAGAUCUCUUGUUGAUUGUCAACUGCAGAUGAAAGAAAAGAGUUGUGUAAGAAACAUGAGGAAGAGACCACGCUCGUUGAAGAAGGGCAGCCACUUGGGCACAAAUGAUUACGUGUGUUCUGUAUGCCAUUACGGUGGUGAAUUACUUCUGUGCGAUGAAUGCCCAUCUUCAUUUCAUACUGGUUGCCUUGGAAUGAAGGAGGUCCCAGAUGGAGAGUGGUUUUGCCCAUCAUGCUGUUGUGAAAUGUGUGGCCAGAGCGGAUUCGAUAAAAACAAAGACCGCUUUACAGACAGCAGUCUACUUAUAUGCUGUCAGUGUGAGCACAAGUAUCAUGUUCGCUGUGUGAGAAAUAAGGGUUUUCAAAAGCUGGAUUAUUUUCCUGUUGGAAGUUGGUUUUGCAGUAAGAGAUGUGAGCAGAUAAGUUUGGGUAUCCGCCAACUUUUGGCAAAGCCAGUUAUGGUGGGAAUUGAUAACCUCACCUGGACUUUAUUGAAAUACGUAGAACCUGAUGAUUUUGAUUCUGAUGCUGCUAAUGAUGAGUUCAUACUGGAGACUUAUAGUAAACUUAGUGUUGCUCUGGAUGUGAUGCAUGAAUGCUUUGAGCCUGUCAAAGAAUCUUACACAAGGAGAGAUCUUAUGGAAGAUGUAAUCUUUAAUAGAUGGUCAGAGCUGAAUCGCUUAAAUUUUCAGGGUUUCUAUACUGUGCUUCUGGAAAGAAAUGAUGAAGUGAUUACAGUAGCGACUGUAAGGGUUUAUGGAGAAAAGGUCGCCGAGGUUCCUCUUGUGGCAACACGAUUUCAGUUCCGCCGACUUGGAAUGUGUCGCAUCUUAAUGAAUGAGCUUGAAAAGAAACUCAUGGAAUUAGGAGUUGAGAGGCUAGUUUUGCCUGCUGUCCCCACCGUGCUAAACACAUGGACCACUUCAUUUGGUUUCUCAGCAGUGAAAGAAUCUGAGAGACUAAACUUCUUGAAUUACACUUUCCUUGAUUUCCAGGGUACAGUAAUGUGUCAGAAACUCCUCCAGAAUAUCUCUCCAGAGGUAUCAAAUGGAUUAACAGAAGCUUAUCAAGCUCAGCUUCACCGCAUAAACAGCAAGGAGAAUGUUGAGUUGGAUGGGAACAGUGCGCUCUCUGAGGUCUUCCAGGCUGAGCAAAUUGAGGGGAGUGAAAUUGUGGACCAAGGUUCUACAGAUGCACCUGGAGGAUGUGAAACCAAUAAUACGGAUGCUCCAGCUCCUCUCAUUAUUGUGGCAAACCAACAAGCUCCUCUUGGCUGCCUGUCUUGCCAGGAUGAGACUAGUCUGCAAUACCGAGCUGAAGUUACUGAUAGUAAGGUUUUAGAAAAAACCGGCAUUGGCCAAUUCAAAUGUUACAAGCGGAGAAGAAGAUAUCAGCCUGUGGAAGCUAAGCUGGUUUUGGAAGGAGUAACUAUCUAGUUGCUGGUAGACUUAGAGAAAGAGGACACCACCAUGGAACAGUGGCAUCGCUUUGAAGGCCAAAUAUUUUUGUUCAUUAACCUUAAUUUUUUUCGUCUUAAACUAGAGAAUUCAAGGACUGUUGGUCUCCAGCUCGUACAUAUGUUCAUGUACAGCUAUCUCUAGGUACCAUUAGCUAAUAUUUGAUCUUUUCUUAUCCAGACAGUACAAAUGUAUAGAACCGUCAGUCCACAGCUUGCAAGUAUUCAAUGGCGCUCUGCGAAUGUAACUCUGUCCAGGCCAAUCAUUUAAUAAAGCAGAAUGUUUGAGAAA